AUGGUUAUGGUUAUGUAUAUGAUUAAUCAAAUUAAUCAAGUUGAUGAUGCUGUCUCAUUUGUAUCCGGAAGUUCCAUUUCACCACCUGUAAUUGAAAAUGUGGAGAACAAUAUAUUAAGGUUUAGAAAAACCAAUAGGAACCCCACAAGGUUAGAGUUCAAUGAGACCAAUGAUGUUAAUGACAACGAGAAUAUUGUUACAAAUGAGGAAGAUGGUCCAAAAGUUAAGAGUUCAGAAUCGAAUUGGGACAAACUUUUCCCAACGACUAUAGAUGAUGAUAUUAACGCCGAUAAUGUAAGCCAGACUUCAACAAUCUUUAAUAGUUUUACUGCUCGGAAACCAAAGGGUCCAAAAUUCUCAGUAACCGAUCAAACUACUCCUACAAUCGAAAACAGUAAAAAGGAUGAUUAUUUACCAACUUUGCAAAUACCGGAAGGCAAGAAAUUUUCAAUAAUGAAUACAUUUGGAUUUAAUCUGAAUGUCAAAGCAGAUGAUCAUAAUAAGAAAACAGAAACUCAUGAAAAUCUUUCACAAUCUCCUUUUUCAUCCAUAAAGAAAGCAAUAAUGAACAACUUUCAAUCUAAUCCAGAUAUUCCAAAAUUAGAGAAAGUUGAAGAAGUCAUAAAAUUAGGACCUCAUGAAAAGAAAAGGGUUUCAGUAAAUAGUAUUUUGGAAUUUUAUGAAUCUCCUGCCAGUGAGAGUGCAAAAUUUGAAGAUGGUGUAUUUUCUCCCAAAACCCAUAGACAUAAACUAAAAGAUUUAGAAAAGUUGGAAUUAGUUAAUUUAUCAAAUAAUCAAGAUACCUUUAGAGGUAGAAUUUCAAAGAAACGUCAUGACUUUUCUCCUAGAAAGUAUUUUAGAAAGAUGCUUUACUCCCAAGAUGAUAAAUUAGACAAUACAUCUAAAUUUCUUAAACAAUCUUUAGAUGCUUCUAAGGAUACUAUUCUUAUAGAUGAAAUUGAACCUGAGAAGUAUGACCUCUACCAAGAAAUUACCAAAUCACUAAAUUUAUAUUAUACAAAGGGAAAUCUUCCAGAGAUGACUCCAGAAAGCUUGUAUUAUAUCUUUAAAUGUGUAGAAAAAGAUGCUGAAAUGAAGAGAAAAAGGAUAGAAAAUGAAAUUCACGAUGUUAUUGAAAGUCGAGAGGCUUCUACUCUUAAUGAUUUAGUUAAAAGAGUACAAUUAAAAAUUGAUGCUGCAUCAAAGAGUUACAUUGCAAAACAAGGAAAUAAAUAUACACAAGUUAAUGAUAAGAUAAUUGUCGAAGAUGGUAUACUAAAACCAAAUUCUAAUGAUAAAGAAAGAAAUUCGUCAAUUGAAGAUGAUACUAUAAUAAAUGAUUUAAUAGAAGGUGUUAAUGAAGAUUCUAAUUCUGGACUCAAACUGAAUUCAAUUGAAGGAAAUGAGAACUCGACUAAGGCUGCAAAAAAUUCGAAGUAUGAUUCUGACUCUGAAGAAAGCGAGAAAGAUUUUGAUCAUGAUUCACAAAUACAAUAUUUAUCACCAUUGUUUUCUGAUAAAAAUUAUAAUCAAUUUUUAAGAAUAUCCCAAGAGUCAGAACUUGAUUCAGGAUUCUUUACGGCUGGGGUUAAUAAUUAG